AUGUCUUUUACAAUUACAAUUCUACAUCCCAGCAAAGAAACGUUGAAGUACUCGGAGCGAGUAUACAAAACUGAUAACUGGAGGGCAACACAGUAUUCAUGCUCGAGGAAGUUGGACGACAAUGGCGGUGGGGUAGAUACACUGACGCCGAAAUAUAAGGGUACAAGGAGCUUGCAAAAGACAGCGGUAGCUUAUCUUUUGAGCUUCAAUUUCGAAAUCACGUCCAAACCGUAUCAGGACAUCAUUUUCAGACCACCGGAAGAUACGACAACCCAACUCCAGCAUGCGGUGACUUUUCCAAGAAUCGUUCAACAUUUAGGCGCAGUCUUCAAAGAUCCCCUCGCGAUUCUGCGCUUCCUAGCGAAAGAAGGCGGUUUCUUGGGUGGUUCCGAAGCCUUACAAGUAUUUGUUUCCGGUGCUACGGAUGAAAACUCGGACAUGGACUUCUAUAUAGAUAGGGCUUCAGUGGUCGAAAUGAUGCUUCUCUUAGCCAAGAGUGGGGUGUUUUGGCUGGAGUCAGCUGCUGACGAAGUUGAUGAGGCUCUGAAAUCUGGAUACUGCUACAUAUCGAAUCAACUCCUUCGAUAUAUAGCCCUGAAUGAGGAAAAAGGCGAGCACAGUAUCUUGCAGCGCAACCUAUACCACUUCUUCAAGGCGGCCAGGUCUCAGGGAAUGAUCGAUGAGCAAGCAGAGCUUGCGGCAGCGAAGUACGUCGCGACGGACGGAACGACGCACUACAUCAUAGAAAGCUGCAUUCUGCAAAUAAGCGAGAGAAAGAUUGAAAUCGAAGAAGCCAUCAAGGGAACAAAAACACCAUCACACGUCGGCAAAGAUGAGACCUGUCCCGAUCGCUUGCCCAGCCCCCUCAGUGAGACAUCUGAGGAUGACAGCACUAACAUGGGCUACGGUGGCGGCAUGUUGGUAGUGAACGGUACGAUCCAAACGCAGAACGGGACCAUCAAAAGGGUCCAACUGAUAACCAAUCGCUACUAUGGCAAUAAGUCGAGCGUAUUUGAGAUACUGAUGAGGUUCUGGGGAAGCCAUAUCCAAUGUUUUAUCGGUGGGUGGUGCGCGGGACACACGCUCUAUCGGUCUGCCAAGAGCAGAAAGAUGCACCUCUGGCGGCUCCAAGCCCAGAACCCUCAGUCAGUAGGCAAAGCCAUGAAAAAAUAUCGACAGAGAGGCUUUGUCGAUGCGCAGGAAAGCCAUCCCCAUUGGCGAAAUCUAUUUGACGAACACUCGUACUUCAUCGACUUCAGUCACGAAGUUCUCAAAGUUCAAGCCAACCAAAACUGGUGGCUCAAUGAACUGUAUUUUCGAAGGCUAUACAAUAUGACCGUGAAUGAGAUUAUAGAUCGAGAAAGCGAGGCCGAAGCCAGCGACAAUGACGAACUAUGGCUGACAAACCGACGCGCCAAUCUCGUCAGUAUACAGUGGCAGAACGUGAGAGGGUGCACCCAUUACCCGAGAAGCACUUUGUUUGCAGAAGAAUCUCCAGACCGUCUCCAUCCCAUCACGCAACCACCCGUUCAGGUCUUUUACAAUGCCUCAUCGUGCACACCACGUGAUCAUGUGUGCCUGCGAAAACUGAUUGUGGCCGCACAAUUGUACUACACGGUAUGUCCUGGUAGCUGCGUCUUCUCCAUCCACCGCAACGUGCGCAGGGCUAUCGACAAAAUCGACCAGUUCCCACAGUCCUCUUUGCCGGCGGGUGACGCUUUCCGCUUCAGACAAAUCCUCUAA